AUGGCCACACUUAUUGGAACAAAGUCCGAUACUCUGGAGGAAAUGCCGGAUCUUGAUUCUUUGCUGGAGUACAAUGAAAUUGUUAGGAAGAAAUUUGGUAGUGAAACAGAAGGAUAUCUGUUUUAUAACAAAUACGCAAAGGGGAAAGAAUUUAGUGUUAGGAAAAGCUAUUGUGAGUGGGGCAACGGCCACAAUGAGAGGACCCUUCGGAAGUUUGUUUGCAGUUGUGAAGGUUUCCGCGAAGAGAAGGAGCUGAAGAGGGAGAUUAAGAAGCGAAAGCCACAGAAUAUUACUCGUGUUGGAUGCCCUGCUAAAUUUGUGAUUGCAUGGGAACAGAACACUAGGCAGUGGUAUGUGAAGGAUUUCAUCUAUGAACACAACCAUCCAAUGGCGGAACGAGACCUUGCUUGUCUUCUGCAUUCACAUAGAAGAAUCAGCGAUGAGCAAAAAACUGAUAUUGUGGCGAUGCAGAUUUCUGGGAUCCGCAAACACCAGAUAAUGGAUAUUAUGGAAAUGCAGUACGGUGGGUAUGAUAAAGUUGGAUUCACAACAAGGGACUUGUAUAAUUUCUGCCAUCGCAAUAAGGUGGAGACAGUUGCUGCUGGUGAUGCUCAAACAGUCAUUAGUUACCUGACAGAGUGCAGACGUAAGGAUCCUGAUUUCUUCUUCGACUACAAGACUGAUGGAAAAGGGCACCUCAAGGGACUGCUCUGGUAUUUCCUUUAUGAUUGUUGCUCCAUAGUAGAGAUUGAGAGGAAAUGGCUAGAAUUCUUGGAUAAGCAUAACGUUACAGAUAAGGAGUCGUGGCUGUAUCAGAUGUAUGAGAGGAGGAAAAUCUGGUGUGCUGCGUACCAUGCUGAUAAGUGCUAUUUAGGACUAAGGAGCAACCAGCGGAGUGAGAGCCUGAACUCUAGGCUUCAGCUGCGCGGUAAUGAAGCGAAUCUGGACUUUGAAGCAUCGAAUUCUUUACCAUGCUUAGAACCAAAUGCUUCAAUUAUUGAGAAAGAGGCUGCGAAAUCAUUCACACCAAGAAUUUUUGCCAAGGUGCAGUUCAGCAUAAAAGCAGCCAAAAAGUGUUUUGCGAGAGAGAUUCUAGAUGACUAUGAUGUGAUUAAGUAUAUUGUUGGCAGGGAGAAUAAAGGAGAUAGAGAAUACCAUGUUGAAUGUGAGAUAUGUGUUGAUGAAGGCAAUCUGAAGAGAAUUUCUUGUUCUUGUCUUAAGUUGCAGUCCCUUGGAACCCCCUGCUCACACAUCUUCUUUGUAUUGGGAUAUCGCAAAGAACGCGAGCUUCCAAGCUGCUGUGUUUUGAAAAGGUGGACAAGGAGGGCCAAGAGUGCAUUUCCUCCUAUAAGGAAGAGCACCAUGUAUGACUAUUUCGAUAGUCUACAGAGGUACCAUGAGCUAUGCAAUAUCAGUCACACUGCAUCCUUUUUAGCAUCUCGUUCACCUGAAGCAUAUGAGCGACUGAAACGUGUUCUACAUGAGGAAGCUGCUAUGAUCCUGCCAAACGGAGGAGAGAACGAAGACAAGAGGUAUGGUCCGGUGCUGCCGCAAUGCAUGGAUGUUGAUUCUGCAGAGUCCAGAAAUGUCUUGGAUCCCAUGCAUGUUCCUGGCAGAGGGGCCCCGAAGAAAAAGUUGAAGUCAGUUUCAAAUAAGAAGAGAUCUAAGGUGAAAUGUACCCUGUGUAAGGGUGAGGGUCACAAUCGACGAACAUGCUCCAUGAGAGAAGAGGCAUACACCGAGAUGAUAGCAGAAAGAAGAAGAAAGGUAGCCAGUGGUGCUGAAGAUACCUACGGGAUGGAGAAACUCCUUGACUGUCUUUUUCCCUACCUUAUUAACUUUGCUAGUAAAUGCAUGGUUUUGACAAUUACCGCACAGCAGGAGGAGAACGGUGCUGGCAGGACACCACAUCGCGAAGAGGCCAUGUGGGCAGUGGACAGAGGCAGUGUGAUUUUGCUUAGUAGGGUACAUGGAUCUAUUCAUUAA